AUUACAAGAAAAAGUUUCAAGAUGGCUGACUUCGAUUGGCCCUGGCAAUACAAGUUUCCUCCUUUUUUCACGUAGGUGGAUAACAUAAACCCCUUAAAAUUAAAAUGAACAUGUCACUUAUGUCGCUUCUGUUAUGAUUUACAGAUCACCAAACUAACUAAUUUAUUUUUUCUCUGGAAUAUGUAAAGACUAAAGACAAAUCAGCUACUGAGCCAGCAUCCAAACCAAAUCCUAACAUCUAACACUAACACUAACACCUAACACUUGAUUUACACUGAAACUCCUAAAGCGCAUUACUCUUAUGGGUUGAGAUUCUAUCUCAUAGGACCCUGGCCAUGAAACAUGCCCAGUAGUCUCUAAGGACUCCGGCCAUGCUACACAGUCUCGAGCAGGAGGGUUUAGCAAGUUUGCUUCCACUCAUUUAGGGGGAGGUUUUGCGUCGCCACCCCCUUGCCCAUUGAGUCAUUCGGUCUGGACAUGGGAUUGGAACGGCUUUGCUUCCUCUCCAGGGAUGGUGUUGCGUUACCUGGCCCCACCGUCCAGGGAGUUGUACGGUCCGGGGUGUGGUACGGCUUUACUUCCUCUCCGGGAGCAGUCUCUAGCAUGACUUUCUCCCACCGCUCCUGGGAGUUGUGCGGUCUAUGGGUUGAAACAGCUUUGCUUCCUCUCCGGGGGAAGGUGUUGCAUUACCUCCCCCCACCGUCAGUUCGGUCGGGACAAUGUCGAGACGAAACGGUCACCUAGGAGCGGCUUUCUCAAGGCCGCAUGUUUUUAAUCCUCGGCAAGGGUUUUGUUUUCACUCAGGCCUCAUAUCCAUUAUUGGCGACACGUAAUCAUGUUGGCGCGCAACUCCGUUGCGUUGGAAGUCAUGCGUUUGGCCGGGAUCUUUUAGCUUCAGAAGGAAAACCUCCCUACUGAUCCGUCAUCCGUCAUGCCACAAAAAGGCAAGAUCCCAUAUAACACCACCGAGAGCCUAGUGGUGCUGAGCUUCGACCUCACACUGCUCGGUCUCAGCCCGACGGACACUGAAACUAAAUUCACUGAUUCAGUGUCAAUAAUAAUAUUGACAAUUAAUCACAUCAUUGACAUUACUCAGAUUGAGAUUACUGGGAUUAAGUGUCACACUUGACUUUGUUUACUACUUCUAAAUGGUUUUAGUGUCACCAUUUGAUAGUGUCAGCCAGCGUGUAAGCCUCACGAUAAUAGUAGGCUAGUACUAGUAGGGUAAAUGUUGGUUUUAGCACGACACUUAUUUCCCCCAUGGCCGCCAUCUUGGUUGCCAUGAUGACACAUGUCAUGGCAACCAAGAUGGCGGCCAUGUAAAACAAAAAGUAGUGCAAAUACACUUCUGCCAAAGUAGGGAGGGGAAAGAGAGAGAAUUUGCUGUUUUAAUUACUUACCAAGAGAAACAAAUUUUAAUGAAAUAGUUUCAGCUAGUACAUAGGCUACAUUUUGUGGCCAACAUAGCAACUUUAUUGUAUCCUUUUGAUGUAAUAUUAGGCAAGAAGUGUCAAUGUCAACCUUUGGUCUCUCCCUUCCCUCAACUACAACAUGUGUGCUACAAAUGCACUCUAUGGACACUGUGGUAAGAAAGAAGUAAAAACUAAGAAAAACAAUACAAAAUAUUUUAAACAUAAAAAAAUAGUUAAAACCCAAAUCACACAUUUUCACACUUAAUUGCAGGUUCUACCAAAAAGAAAAUAAAUCCGGAAAUUUGUUUGAAAUAAAUUUCUUAGACGGCUAUUGGAUCGAACAGAAAUUUGGUCGAAUCUUUUUUUCAGUUCACACGUUAAAAUUUUGCGUCAAAUUUCUUUAUGAACGCAUUAUUUUGUUUUACUAUAUAGUAUAUAUAGUUUUUUUUUACAAACAUGAAAUCUUGACCUGACCCAUCUUGUGAUCUCUAAUAAAGGUUGAAAAUAUUACUCUGAUGACGAUUCAGACAGUGAUUUUAUGAUUUCGGAUGUAGAGGCUGAUUCUGAUGAAUCGUAUAAUCAUAGUAGUGGUGGUACUAGUGACGUAACUAGUUAUGAAAUUGAUACCGUAAUUCAUCAGCUGAUGAACACCAGCUCCACCCCCAGCUUAAGCGCCUUCUAGAAGAGCUAAUACUGUUCCUACUAUAAAUAAUGUAGAUUUCAAUAGAAAAGCUGCUGAUGUUAGCACUAAAACUGAGUGCAAUUUCAGAUUAUUACCUUUAAAAAUGUAGUUGUAAAUUUUGAGCUUGUAUUGUGACUAGUAGGUCAAAUGAACUUGACUGUUUUUUUACUUUGUUUGAAACACAUAUUAUUCACAAGCUUUUACUCUCAAUAAAUGAGUAUGCUUCCCACAGAAUUAAAAUCAACACUCCAGCAUGCAAGAACUAUAUUCUGCUAACAAUUAAUAACAUGGGCCUGUAGAAUUCAACGUUUUCUUCACAGGAUACAGCCCAAUAUUGAAACAAGAAAGAAGCAGCUGGAGGCCUGGUGCAGCCUUGUCUUGGGCUAUCAGCGUCAGGUGAAACGUUACAACUUGGAUGUCACAGAAGCUCAGAGUUCCGAGCUGUUUUACAAUAAACAGUUGAAUAGUGAGUUCAGUCUUAUUAUGAAGGAAGCCGAGUUGUAGUGAUGCUGCUUUGACUGGGGAAGAGUAUUUAGAUGGUUUCAGGCUCAAGUGUUAAGAUGGUCUCAGGUUUAAAAGUUUAGAUUGUCUCAGUUUCAAAAGUUUAGAUGGUCUCAGUUUCAAAAGUUUAGAGUGUCUCAGGUUCAAAAAUUUAGAUUGUCUCAGUUUCAAAAGUUUAGAUUGUCUCAGUUUCAAAAGUUUAGAUUGUCUCAGUUUCAAAAGUUUAGAUUGUCUCACGUUCAAAACUGACCUUGUACACAAUUUGGAAAACCAAAUUAAUUUGAACGAUCACAGAGCUCCAUGUUUUGGAUGUGAAUGACUUGGAAAAGGUUAGUGUUAUAUGCGUCCCAUUUACUUUCAUUCAUCUUUUCUGGUGAAUGGGGGUGCAUUGACCCGCAGUUCGGCUGCAUUAUUACUAGCCCGUGGCUUACUAAUUAUAGUCUCCCUUUGACCUCGGCAACACCUAUCUAAAAUCUAUUGUCUGUAACAUGAUUCGAAUUUUUUAGAAUAUUGUAGAAGCAGCGAGAAGGGAGUACAUUGCGUACCCUUCUAGCAUUGUCUAAAGAAACAGGCUAUAUAUAAAGCCGAGAGAUUGAAUGACCAGACAACAGACGAGAGUUAGAGUUAUUUUAAACGUGUGUUAUUUUUGCUAGACAGUUUUGCUUACUGUGUGUGUGUAGAUUUAUUUUCGUCAUUGUACAUUUUACAACAUUGUAUCUUCUUCAACAUUGUACCGGUACAAGCCAAACAUUAUUCUGUAAGUCACUAGUUUUAAUUAUAUUUCUUUUUGAUUCUUAAAAUUUAUCAUUAACUUAAUAAAACUUAUUAAUUGUAAUUAGUCCUGGUUUGAGUAUCGUAUUCUUUGCUAUUUUUUAGAGCAAGCCAUACAUUUAAUUAAAUAAGAGAAUAAUCUCUCCAUACUGAUAACAGAACGUAACAGAAAAGCAAACCUGCACAGAAAAACUUGUGGAGUAGGUGAGCCAAAUGUUAAGAUAGAUAGCUCUGUUGUGGAAGCCAAUCAAUACAAAAGUACACAACCCAAGAAAAUGCACUUGGUUUUUAACCCCUUCGCUACCGCAGGGUUUUGGGGGGGGGGGGGGGAAAGGUUUUUUGCUGAACCAGCAAAAAAAAAUCAGGGUUUUGGGGAGGGGGGGGGCAUAGAUUUUUGCUGACACAGCAAUAAAAAACUUGAACGAUGAAAUUUUCGGUAUAUUUCAUUCUCUAUCCGAUUCGCUUUUUAACUUCUCUAUAGAUUAACGAAUAAGGAAAUAUAUGGCACUGAAAUUUGACGUCGACAUGACGUCCUUGGUAUUUCAGAAAAGUUCUUUAACUUUUUGUUAUGACGACAAUGUGACGUCCUUGGUAAUUGAAAGUGGGUGACAGUGCGUCGAUGUCAUCAGUAAUGAAGUGGUUGCUCAAAGGGAUUUAAUUUAUUGACACAAAAUGUUACUGUAGUUGGAAAAGGAAGAAAAAAGACGUGAUAGAAAUAUAAGUAACUAAGACAAUAACAUUGUGUUAAUUUUUAUAUUUGUGCUAUUAUUUGUAAAAUAUUUAUAUUUUUCAGGAAGGCUGUCUUUAGAGGCAAUAUACAUAGUUCUUGAUGAGUUAAAGAGAAGAGGUAAUUAUUUGUAGGUUUAUAGAAUUUGUUUUGAAACAAAGUGGGAAUUAUUAGUUAAAUAAUAACAUUGAUAAUACACCUAAAACUGUAGUUGCCAAUUUAAAUUAAAAAAACCAAAACCCUUAAUAUAGAAUGAGGAAAAGAAAAUGUUGCCACAGACUGUGUGUUCAACAAAAAUUUGACUAAAUUAAGAUUCCUGUUAGUUGGCCAUGUUCACAAAUAGUCUUGCAGUGAACACGAUAUUGAGUUAAAUAAUAUUAAGUUGACUCUUAUCCCAAAUGUUUCCAAUAACUCAUGGCGUACUGUUUGUAGUUUGGGAAGCUAUAAUUUGGCCAGAAUUUCUGCUCAAAGGUUUGUGGGUCUUAAAAGAUUUUGUUCUUAUCAUAAAAUAAAAUGCUUUGUUUUGGAUUUUUCAGGAAAUUUAGAAUGGAAAGAUAAAAAUCGCAAGGCUUGUACACUAAUCUGGAGGACACCUGCUGAGUGGGGCAAAAUUAUUUAUAACUGGGUAUGUUGCUGUUUGACUUUGUAUCUGAUUGACUUAUAAUGUAAUGUUUUGGUUAGCACAGCACCCAUUUAACAAACUACUGCUGAGUUUUAGAAAAUAUAUUCUAUAAUUUAAAUAUACAAACAUGACGUGGGGGUGGUUUCAUUGUGGUGUGGGCGGCCCAUAACCCAGUGGUGGUUUCAUUGUGGUGUGGGCGGCCCAUAACCCAGUGGUGGUUUCAUUGUGGUGUGGGCGGCCCAUAACCCAGUGGUGGUUUCAUUGUGGUGUGGACGCCCCUUGAACAUGCCUUUGUACCCAGACCACUUAUGUUUAUUGGAACUAAUAUAUAAUGUGAAUAUACAAAUAUAACCCGGUGGUGGUUUCAUCAUGGUGUGGAGGGCCCUUGAGCACACUUUCCCAACCAGGGCGCACAAGCACAAACACACACAUACACACCACACACACACACACACUAAUGUUUUUUUAACAUAUUUUUAAUGUGAAAAUACUUUUGCAUAAGGACACAUCAAAUUUUUGUUAAUUAUUUCCACCACCUCCACUCUUUUGAUGACACCAUGUUAUUUUCUGUGGCCAUUGUUAUUUUUCUUUCACCUAUGUCUACCUGGAUCAAUUUUAUUGUGAUACUAAACAUUAAGAUAUUUUCUGUUAUUGAUGUCUGGCAGAUUUCAUCAAAAGCAAUGAACAACACGGUGUGUACUCUGUAUGAGCUGAGCAAUGGCGAGGACAGUGAGGGUGAAGGUAAGAUUGAGUCAAGAAUAGCCAGACUAUAGAGAUGUUAAGAGGGAACCAUCAUGGAUUGAAUGUGAUUCAAGAAUAGCUAGGCUAUAGAGAUGUUAGGAUGGAAUACCAAUGGAUUGAAUGUGAUUCAAGAAUAGCUAGGCUAUAGAGAUGUUAGGAUGGAAUACCAAUAGAUUGAACGUUUCAUGAUGCUCGCAAAGAAUUAUUUAAUUUCUAAUUUGCAAGGGGAGAAAGGAGGCUCUUGACCUUUCGACGGUCAAGGAUCACUCACUAUGGAGACCAGAUAUAUAGCUGAGGGCAAUGUCCCCUGAGUGUACAGACCAGAAUAGCAGCUUUCGUGAAUAUACAAUACAAAAAUUAACAUGACUGUAAAUUUAUUUCUCUUCAAUUUAAAACCAAUGAAUUUCCAAACAAAUUUACAUUGCAAACAUUGGUUUCUGAACCAAUACACAUUGCACAAAUUUGGUUUCUGAACCAAUACACAUGGCACACACUGGCUUCCGAACCAAUACACAUUGCACACAUUUGGUUUCUGAACCAAUACACAUUGCACAAAUUUGGUUUCUGAACCAAUACACAUGGCACACACUGGCUUCUGAACCAAUACACAUGGCACACACUGGUUUGUGAACCAAUACACAUUGCACACAUUUGGUUUCUGAACCAAUACACAUGGCACACACUGGUUUCUGAACCAAUACACAUUGCACACAUUUGGUUUCUGAACCUAUAGACAUUGCACACACUGGUUUCUGAGCCAAUACACAUUGCAAACACUGGUUUCUGAACCAAUACACAUUGCACACAUUGGUUUCUGAAGCAAUACACAUUGCAAACACUGGUUUCUGAACCAAUUCACAUUGCAAACACUGGUUUCUGAACCAAUACACAUUGCACACAUUGGUUUCUGAGCCAAUACCCAUUGCACACAUUUGGUUUCUGAACCAAUACACAUUGCACACAUUGGUUUCUGAACCAAUACACAUUGCAAACACUGGUUUCUGAACCAAUUCACAUUGCAAACACUGGUUUCUGAACCACUACACAUGGCACACAUUGGUUUCUGAACCAAUACACAUUGCACACAUUUGGUUUCUUAACCAAUACACAUUGCACACAUUUGGUUUCUGAACCAAUACACAUUGCACACACUGGUUUCUGAACCAAUGCACAUUGCACACAUUGGUUUCUGAACCAAUGCACAUGGCACACACUGGUUUCUGAACCAAUGCACAUUGCACACAUUGGUUUCUGAACCAAUGCACAUGGCACACAUUGGUUUCUGAACCAAUGCACAUGGCACACACUGGUUUCUGAACCAAUCCACAUGGCACACACUGGUUUCUGAACCAAUGCACAUGGCACACACUGGUUUCUGAACCAAUGCACAUUGCACACAUUGGUUUCUGAACCAAUGCACAUUGCACACAUUGGUUUCUGAACCAAUACACAUGGCACACACUGGUUUCUGAACCAAUGCACAUGGCACACACUGGUUUCUGAACCAAUGCACAUGGCACACAUUGGUUUCUGAACCAAUGCACAUUGCACACAUUGGUUUCUGAACCAAUGCACAUGGCACACAUUGGUUUCUGAACCAAUGCACAUGGCACACACUGGUUUCUGAACCAAUGCACAUGGCACACAUUGGUUUCUGACAGGUGAAAUCUUUAAAUUUAAAUAAUUAAAAAUGUGUGUUGAUAUAAUUUUAUUUUUGUGAGCUCUCUAUAAAUAUUUAUUGCUUGAUGUAAUUUUUAAUAACUGUCACAGGCCUUCAUCUAAGGUCUUGUGGGCUGUAUGUCAGCCACAAGGUGCUUCCAUAUGUGCACAGGGGGGCUUUUGUGACAGACCCAGCUGUCAUUAGUAUCAUUGUGUAGUUGUGCCUGACAAACCAGCUGUCAUUAGUAUCAUUGUGUAUAGCAUGCCUUGUUUUGUCAUUUCAAAAAGAAGUGUGAUCUUUAAAUUGUUCACUUUACAGUCCAAUGGAAUGUACUUUCAAUCUUAAAAUAAAGCAUGUAAUGACUUGUAUUAUAAAUUAUAAUCAGUAUUAUAAUCAUAAAUUUCCACGUAGCACCAUAAAACCAAUAAUCUUUAUAAAAUCUGACCAGUUAGUCGCAAACAGAACGAUUGACAUCAUACUUAUUUAUAUGACAUGACCUCGGCAACAGUUUAUCUCUGUUUUUACAUAGUAAAUAUUCAAUCUGUAUUAUGUUGAUUCAUCGUAAGUUUAUGUUGAGUCAACUUUUUCUAACAAAAGAGAUAUUGUUAAUGCACUGGCUUAACAUAUCAGCCCUUUGAAAUUUUAUUUUGUUUCAGAAUUCCACGGACUUGAUAAAGAGAUCCUUGUUAGAGCUCUCAGGUCCUUGGAGGCAGAGGGCAAGGCAGAAUUUAUGGAUUUUGAUGGGCAUGAAGGAGUGAAGUUCUUUUAGCUUCAGCAUAUUUUGUUCAAGAUAUUUCCCGCAGAAAACGUUCUUGGCUUGUUAGUGUCUUAAAUAAGCCAUUCACCAGACAGCAUGGCUUUCAAAAUUGAGUAGUGAUAUGGCUUCUAUGAAGUUGCUACGAACACUUGGGAUGUAUAGAAAGCUUGUUUGUGUGUGUGUGUGCUUAAAACAUUCAGAUACAAGUUAAGUAAGACAGAAGUCAAAAUGUUGAACUAUUUUUUAAUAGGACAUUCAUUGGUAACUGGACAUAGAACAUUCAUUGGUAACUGGACGUAGGACAUUCAUUGGUAACUGGACAUACGACAUUCAUUGGAAACGGGACGUAGGACAUUCAUUGGUAACUGGAUAUAUGACAUUCAUUGGUAACUGGACGUAGGAUAUUGAUUGGUAACUGGACAUAGGACAUUCAUUGGUAACUGGACAUAGGACAUUCAUUGGUAACUGGACAUAGGACAUUCAUUGGUUACUGGACGUAGAACGUUCGUUGGUAACUGGACAUGGGACAUUCAUUGGUAACUGAAUGUAGGACAGUCUUUGGUAACUGGACAUAGGACAGUCAUUGGUAACUGGACAUAGGACAUUCAUUGGUAACUGGACGUAGGACAUUCAUUGGUAACUGGAAAUGACAUUCAUUUAUACCUGUACAUAUGACAUUCAUUCAUAAUUGGACAUGACAUUCAUUUAUACCUGUACAUAUGACAUUCAUUCAUAAUUGGACAUAUGACAUUCAUUUAUACCUGGUCAUAUGACAUUCAUUUAUACCUGGGCGUAAGACAUUCAUUCAUAACUGGACAUAUGACAUUCAUUUAUAACUGGACAUGUGAUGACAAUGAGCUGAUAGCCGUCACAAUAGGUAAACUUUGUCUCACCGACUUGGUCCUUUGACUAUACUAGUUCACUGACUGUGUUGGUUUAUUUACUGUGUGGGCCACUGACUGUACUAGUUCACUGAUUGUAUUGGUUUAUUGACUGUGUGGGCCACUGACUGUACUAGUUCACCGAUUGUAUUGGUUUACUGAUUGUGUGGGCCACUGACUGUACUAGUUCACUGAUUGUAUUGGUUUAUUGACUGUGUGGGCCAUGUACUGUACUAGUUCACUGAUUGUAUUGGUUUAUUGACUGUGUCGGCCACUGACUGUACUAGUUCACUGAUUAUAUUGGUUUACUGACUGUGUGGGCCACUGACUGUACUAGUUCACUGAUUGUAUUGGUUUAUUGACUGUGUCGGCCACUGACUGUACUAGUUCACUGAUUGUAUUGGUUUACAGACUGUGUGGGAUACUCACUGUAUGGGCCACUAACUGUACUGUAGACAAACUUUAAUGAUUGACCCUGUAUACUGCUCCACUUUAAUUACCAAAUGUUUCAUGAUUCACAAUGUUAAAAUAAAAAUGCCAUCUAAUAUACGCUAUUCAAAUCUAAUGUUCUUAUUUAUUUAUUAAUUAACCUGAGACUGGUGUCAUGUGUACAGAGGAAAAGGCCAUAGAAGAAUAGUUUACCAAGUGAAUUUAUUAUCAUGUACAUGUACAUAAUACUUAUAAAUAGCUAAUUUGACAGUGAGAAUAAAGCUGGUGUAAUGAAGAAAGCAAUGAGGUGACCAAAUAACCCAGAAUAAGUCAUUGAGGAACUCACUGCCAAAUGUUAGCAGACUGGCAGUCCAUUGGAAGGUUCUCAAGUUAAGAAAUAUUGUUAGCAGUGGCAAAGCUAGUUUGGGGCAAAGGAGUGGCUAACCUAGAGCGGGUUGAAGGAGUGGCAAACCUAGGGUGGCCUGAAGGAGUAGCAAACCUAGGGUGGCAAGAAGAAGUGGCAAACCUAGGGUGGCAAGAAGAAGUGGCAAACCUAGGGUGGCAAGAAGGAGUGGCAAACCUAGGGUGGCAAGAAGGAGUGGCAAACCUAGGGUGGCAAGAAGGAGCUGCAAACCUAGGGGUGGCAAGAAGGAGUGGCAAACCUAGGCUGGCAAGAAGGAGUGGCAAACCUUGGGUGGCAACUUCCUCGACGUUUGGUAGGGGUGGCAAGAAGGAGUGGCAAACCUAGGCUGGCAAGAAGGAGUGGCAAACCUUGGGUGGCAAGAAGGAGCUGCAAACCUAGGGUGGCAAGAAGGAGUGGCAAACCUAGGGUGGCAAGAAGGAGUGGCAAACGAAGGAGUGGCAAACCUAGGGUGGCAAGAAGGAG